AUGGAGUACCUACAUCAAGGAUGUAACCAACGCAUCCUCCACUUUGACAUCAAGCCUCACAACAUUCUGCUGGACUACAGCUUCAAUCCAAAAAUUUCAGACUUUGGCCUUGCUAAGCUGUGUGCAAGGGACCAAAGCAUUGUUACCUUGACCGCAGCAAGAGGAACAAUGGGGUACAUCGCACCAGAGAUAUAUUCUCCAAAUUUUGGUGGGGUAUCAUACAAGUCAGAUGUUUACAGUUUCGGCAUGCUGGUGUUAGAAAUGGUGAGUGGAAGGAGGAAUUCAGACCCAGGUAUCGAGAACCAAAAUGGGGUGUAUCUACCAGAGUGGAUCUAUGGGAGAGUAGUCGCUGGGCAGGACAUCACACUUAGUAGGGAAAUAGCUGACCAGGAGAAAGAAACAGUGAGGCAGCUGGCCAUUGUUGCACUCUGGUGCAUUCAAUGGAACCCCAAAAACCGGCCGUCGAUGACAAAGGUGGUUAACAUGUUGACAGGAAGGUUACAGAAUCUACCAAUACCACCUAAGCCAUAUGCCUAG